ACUUCAUGAGGAACAUGAACAAAGUUGAGGAGGUCAAGCCCUGAACAAAACCAGAAAAAUCCAAGCUUUUGGCAGUUUGUUUACAGAUAUUUCUUUUGGUUAGAUAUUGCAUUCUAUUGUAGAAAUGUAAGGAUAUGAUUUAUUUGCUUAAUCUUAUCUUCCCAACUCUCAAGAAAAAUCCUUUCCUCAGUAUCCAUGGCUUCCACUUCAACAUCCUCAAUACCAUUCCAAAGUAAUGCUCAAAAAACAGCCUUCCCAUCUUCCCCCGCAUCAAGACCAUUCCAAACUGCACUCAAAUUCCCAUUUUUAACACCUUUGAAUAAAGCUGUAAAGUUCAAAUUUUUGGCUACCUUGAACAGCAAUGAGCUUGUCAUUGAUGAGGAAAUGGAAAGGAUUAGGAGGCUCCAGAAUGGGCCUGACGUUCGAGGGGUGGCACUGGACGGGGAAAAGGGUAGGACCGUGGAGCUUACGCCUCCUGCUGUGGAGGCUAUUGCAGAGAGCUUCGGGGAGUGGCUAAUUAGUGUGCUAGAAAAGGAACGGGGAAAUCCGGUGGAAGUUGUUAGAGUGUCUCUUGGAAAAGAUCCUAGGAUUUCAGGGGCAACCUUGAGUCUAGCUGUGUUUUCAGGGCUUGCCAGAGCUGGUUGCUUGACUUUUGACAUGGGGCUUGCCACUACACCGGCUUGUUUUAUGAGUACAUUGCUGCCUCCUUUUUCCUAUGAUGCUUCAAUAAUGAUGACCGCGUCUCAUUUACCCUACACCCGGAAUGGGCUAAAAUUUUUUACAAAGAGAGGGGGGCUGACUGCUCCGGAGAUGGAAGAGAUAUGUGACAAAGCUGCAAGUAAAUAUGCCAAUAGGAUGGCAAAAGUAUCGACAGUGCUGAGGACUCUACCAACAAGAGUUGAUUUCAUGAGUGCUUAUGCAAAGCACCUCCGGGAAAUCAUCAAGGAGAGAGUGAACCAUCCCCUACACUACGACAUGCCACUAAAAGGAUUUGAGAUAAUCGUGAACGCUGGAAAUGGAUCCGGUGGCUUCUUCACAUGGGACGUACUAGACAAGUUGGGAGCAGACACCUUCGGUUCCCUCCACCUCAACCCAGACGGAAUGUUCCCCAACCACAUCCCCAACCCAGAAGACAAAACCGCCAUGGCACUCACCAGAGCCGCCGUGCUCGAAAACUCCGCCGACCUCGGCAUUGUUUUCGACACGGAUGUAGACAGAAGUGGUGUGGUCGACGACAAAGGCAACCCCAUCAACGGGGACAGGCUCAUUGCACUUAUGUCAGCCGUUGUAUUGAGAGAACAUCCUGGUACUACAAUUGUCACUGAUGCUCGGACAAGCAUGGCCCUUACAAGGUUUAUUACGGACAGAGGUGGGCAACACUGCUUGUACCGUGUCGGAUACCGGAAUGUCAUAGACAAAGGAGUUCAACUUAAUAAGGAUGGAAUUGAAACACAUCUCAUGAUGGAAACAUCUGGACAUGGUGCACUUAAGGAGAAUCAUUUCCUAGAUGAUGGGGCAUACAUGGUGGUAAAAAUCAUCAUUGAGAUGAUAAAGAUGAAGCUUGCAGGAUCCGAUGAAGGAAUUGGGAGUCUCAUAAAAGAUCUUGAGGAACCAUCGGAGUCCAUUGAAUUGAGAAUGAAUAUCAUCUCUGAGCCUAAAUAUGCAAAGACAAGAGGUAGAGAGGCCAUCGAAACAUUUCGGUUAUGCAUUGAGGAAGGUCGACUAGAAGGAUGGGAACUGGAUACAUGUGGAGACUGUUGGGUAAGUGAUGGCUGCCUUGUGGACUCAAAUGACAAUCCAGCUGCCAUUGAUGCUCACAUGUAUAGGGCUAAAGUUUCAGAUAAAGAAAAUGGGGAACACGGUUGGGUGCAUGUAAGACAGAGCAUUCACAAUCCUGACAUUGCUGUGAACAUGCAAUCAUCAGUCGCUGGUGGCUGUCGAUAUAUGGCAAGAGAGUUCAGAAACAAGUAUCUUUUGGCAAAUGGAAUGAACAAAAUCCUUGACAUUACUCAGAUCGACAAGUACGCCAGAAGUGGGACUGUAGGGUAAAAAUUAAGAUGCACUUUAUAUAUGUUUUACACAAAAAUUUAGCUAAAUAAGGAUGUACAGUGUGUAGCAAAAGGCACAUACAUAUGUGUGUGUAUUGUUGCCACCACUAUAGUAUCUGUAUGUAUACAUGUUCCACUUAUUUUGAAAACUCUGAAUAAAAAGGUUGCACACCU